AUGUUCAUAGCGUUCACCCGCGUUCCUGAAGAGAUUUAUUUACGUGGUCCCUUGGCUGUGGAAGCCUAUAACAAGGCUCUUAAUGAAGGAAAAACUCGUUUCAAGAGGUUCCCGAUCAUGGUGAUUGGACAAGAUCGCUCCGGAAAAACCAGCCUUAAGAAUUCGAUGAUGGGAAAGCCCUUCAACCCAGACGAAGACAGCACAGUGGGGAUAGAUGUUGGACCCUCACAUUUCAAUGUCUCACCUGAUAUUUGCAUGCCAGGUGAGAAUACCGUGAACAAUCAAGCACAGAUUGACUUCAGAGAAGCCCUCUCUUUUGAGCACCACAUGGCUCGUUUAGUGGUUGAAGGUUUAACUCGCAGAAACAUUGAUUCAAAGGAGGAUUUGCCGUCAAAGGAGGCAAAAAUUGCAUCAUCAAGUGUGGCAUCAAAAAAUUCAAUGGAGUCUGUUCAAGAAUCUGGUGCAUAUUCUGCAGCUCGCCAAGAAGAAAACAAACAUAUAGUCAAGAUACCAGAUGAGGUAGCAGAGAGGAUAAUAAACUUACUAAAAGAAGUUGAGAAAGAGAGAGUUGGAGACGAUGCGGAAAUGUAUUCAAUUGUUUGGGAUUUUGCUGGGCAACCUGUGUACUAUGCAACGCAUCCACUUUUCCUCACACAAAGAGCAGUGUACCUGUUAGUUUUUGACCUCAGCCGAGGUCUUCACGCAAGAGCCGAUCCCACUGUAAAGCAAGGAAUGUACAGCAUGAUUUUAGACAACCACGAUUGUAAAAGUAACCUAUACUAUCUGGAUUUCUGGAUGACAUGGGUUGCUUCAAUAGCCAAUCAAGAUGACAACCAGCAGAUACGUUUGGAACAAUCACCAUUGAUUAUUCCCCCUGUGUUCCUUGUUUGCACUCAUGCUGAUAAACCUUGUGGUAAGGCAGAUCCAUUUGUGCUAGCGCGUGAAGUGUUUGGUUCCUUGGAGACAAAGCCGUACAAAAACCAAUUGUAUAAAGACGUGUUUGUCGUGGAUAACAAAAAGUCAGGGAGUAAAUCAGAGUGUUCAGAAGUCAAGCGCUUGUGGGAGAAAGUCGUUGCUGUUGCUAAGGAGCUACCACAGAUGAAAGAAGACUACCCGGUAAAGUGGCUAAGCUUGGAAAAGGCUCUUCAAACCAAAGUAAAAAAUGGGAAAAAGUGGAUUUCUCUGGAAGAUACAAAACAGAUUGCGUCCAAAAUGUGUCACAUUGAGGAUGAUCGGGAAUUUACAACACUGCUGAACUUUCUACAUGACCAGAGAAUCUUGAUUCAUUUCGACAGUUCUCCACUUUUGAAUAAUAUGGUCAUCUUGGAUCCUCAGUGGUUGGUCGACUUGUUUACGUCGGUGAUAACCGUCAAGCCCGGUCCCUAUGAAGGAAAAGAAACAGAAUUGUGGAGCAGGCUGCAGACAGAGGGCAUUAUGGAGUAUAAACUUUUGGAACUUGUGUGGGAUCCUUUAUCAAUUCCAAAAGAAAUGUUUCCGAGCCUUCUAGAAAUCAUGGAGAAAUUUAGCUUGCUCUGUCCUUGGCCUUCAUCAGAUGCUUCAUGUGGCAAGCAGUAUCUCGUGCCCUCCAUGCUGAUGUCUCAUCCACCAAAGGAUAUUAUCAAGUUGGUAGCCUCCUCACAAAUUCCAUCCUUUUAUAUCAGGUUCGAAUCUGGGCAAGUUCCUCCAGGCUUUUUUCCCCGACUCUUGCUGCAGUUCUUUCAGUGGGGCCAAGACGAAGUUUGGAGUGCAGAGAAUCCUCAGUUGUACGCUAAUUUUGCGCGGUUUUACACCUCUGCAGAUGACGACUGCUCUGUAAUUCUUCGAUGCCAUUCAUCGUGUAUUGAAGUUGUGAUUCACAGAGGAAAUGUCAGGGCAAACCUGACAGAAUCUUUUCAAUCCAAGCUGAACCUGUCGGCAGUUCCCAACUAUGAUGGAUUUGAAGAGUGGUGUGCUCGUGCAGUGCGAAGACAACUGGCUUUGAUGCUUGAGUGCAUGCGAGAAGAAUUCUUUUGGUUUAAAAAUAUGAAAUAUAAAGCAGGUGUGAUCUGUCCCGUUUGUUGCCAAGAACGUAAAGCCAAUUACUGCUGCAAAAAUCACAAGCAGUGGUGUUGUGAGCAAGAGGAAUGUCUGCACUUCCUGUCUGAGUCUGAUUUGCACGAGGCCAAAGACUUCAUCAGGUGUCGUAGGUGUCUUACUGCAGAAAGUGACAAAGUUCACGUCAAAUGGUUUGCACCUUGGUUUGAAACUUCAGAUGAACAGGUGAAUAGACUCCAACGUUUUCUGAAAAUGACCUUAAAACAUUUACUACCAAUGCCCCCUACGUUUUGUCUACUCCUUCACCGUCACUCUUUGGUUAUCCCAGAGACCCUAGUCAAACACUCCCGCUUUGUUAAACCUCAGUAUUUUCUCACGAGAGCGAUGACAACAAAACUAUUAGAAAGAGUGAAACCCGUAUUAAGUGGUCCCCAUAUUAAGCAAACACGAUCGUGAGUGAGUCUUAAACGUUUGUGUCAUUAUCUGUUAAACGAACUUCGUUUUUGCGGACACGGGGUUGUCCCUUUCGUAAACGGUCGCUGCCAUUUUUAAGACACUUAGAAAAUUUUUGACUUGUUAUUGAAACCGUUUCUAUUUAAAAAAAAAAACAACAACAACAAAAAAAGAGAAAAUCGCAAACCAGGGUCGAACCUGUACCUCGAACCCGGACCUUUCGAAUCCUAAUCUCUCUCCCUUACCACUACACUACUACACUGACCCGCCAAAAUAAUAAUUCCGAAAAAAUUAAGUUCGUACACUAGCAAACUGUCUUUCGUAACUGUUACAUCAUUAACAGGUGACCCUAGCCCUUUCCAUAAUUUUUAACUUAAAUUCAACUCGGGCUUCAACCUCGUUCUUUCUAAGACUAUUCAAAAACGUUUUAUUUACCUCAUUGUAACUUAAUCCAGGGAAUAUGUUGCAUCCAUCAUGACUAGAGGCUUGGUUACCAAUGGUGGCAUCGACCGUUAAAAAUGCAACGACCGUUUACGAAAGGGAAAUAGUUUUCGUGUUUUCCAUACAAAUCCUUGUAAUUUCUAAAUUUUCAAAACUUUCAUGAAACAUUUCCUUAAGCAUUACAGAGCCCAAAUCUCCUUUUAAUUCAUAACAGGCAAUUUGAGCCCUUAAAUGCCUAAAGGAAAGAUUUAAAGACAGUUUUAAAAAUUUUAGAAUUUACAAGGAUUUGUAUGGAAAACCAUGCAAGUGUGACUGGGUGGCAAAAGUUUUUUUUUUUUUCUCAUACAAAUGCUUCGAACUUUCGGCGGCCGUUACAAUCGCUACUUUUGAGUUACACGGCUUAGAAUUCUCAGGCUACUUAAUUUUAAUAUGCUUUUUCAGCUUGUGCUAACAAAAUUUUUGAAAAGAUAACUGUUUUCGUUUUUACCGAAAGUUGAUCACGUGAUCGAGUCAUGCAAAGAGCCUAUUCACUUGACGCACAUUUACUGGGAUCAACUAAAUGAAGAUGUUUUCUGUUGAGGACUUUUUUUAUACAUAACAUGUAAAGCAGCAAUAGGCCCUUUGCAGCUUGUCAUUCACGGGGUACAAAACUGCCAUGCUGGCACUGGGGGAAGACAAACAAAGGAGAUAACCAUUUUAAAUGAUGUGAGCUCCCUGUUGUCUUCUCCCAGGGCGUCCUUUGCUUUCCAGCGUGGCGGUUUUGUACCAAGUAAAUCACUAGCUGCAAAGAGCCUAUUCCGCUUUAAUUAUCCAGUUUCUGGACAUUUCAGUUUUUUGAAAUGCAUUAAAGGUCUCCAAUGAGGGUUCAGUAACCGAGCCAGGUGACUUUCAGUACAUUCCCCCCUCCCCCGUCCACGAAGCAACUCCCCAUAAGAUAGCUCACAGAGCAUAUCAAAUCAGUCUUGUUCAAUUCUCUCUUUUUUUUUUUUGUUACAGGCUGUAACUGAUGAAAUUGAGAUCUUUGGAGGAGGUAAGGAUGCGACACUAGGUUUUAUGGGUAAGGUAAACGAGUGAGCUAACUUAAGGGUACGUUCGUGUAAUUAAAACCAUUCCGACAAAAAUGUUCGUCUCUUGGAAAUGUCUUAAUCCCUUUCCAGCAUCCCUUGAAAGUUAUCUUAGUUUAUACUGCAAACUUGGUAGCCUUCGAAAUGACCAGAAUUCCCCAGACAAAGCACCUGUGCCUUUUUUUCCAAAAAUGAAUGUUGAAAGUCGAACAUGAAGUUCUAUAAGAAUCAUUGCUUUGAAGGAAUUGAUGAAAAAGUGUUAACACUUAUACCCCAGCUAUGCGACACCAGAGAAGUUUUACCUCAACUGAAAGACCUUUUGCAACUGGAUGAGGCUUCCUUAGAACAGCCAGACCCUGAGACCAAACGAUUGAUGCGUUGCCUGGCAAAUAAGGCAAAACAGUGGAACAGGCUCGACUUGGUGAGAAAACUGAGAGAAAUUACACCAGCUGGUAUACUACAGGUGAGUUUGUUGCGGUUGUUUUGUAAAGUUUAAAGUUUAUAUAAGUACAAAACUGGCAAAAAAGCACCCGCUUAAUAAAAAAUGGUUCAUAAACAACGAACUGUUUGGGGUGGAAUGGAUAAUGGUGAACCGGCCUGAAGAUGAAUAGAUCGCGCACAUGAAGAGAUGACGAUAAUAUGAUUCAUGUGGAUGGAAGUUUUAUCAGUGUGUUGUUGAUUUUUUAAGAAAAGUGUCUCCAAAAUAUUUCCCUACGAACAAUAACACAGUCCGAACAUUUUACCGUCCGAGCAUUUUUGACUGAUGGUACAGAUUCACUGUAGUUCAGAGCAACUGCUCAAAUUAUAGCUUCACUCUGUUUCUUUUCUUGGAAGUCUGUCCAAUAAUUAAUCUUCUAAAGAAGGCGGGCCCGAAAUUUCCUUUAAAUUGUACGAAAGUUGUUCGUCCAAAAACUGCCACUCAACUAUCGACUCUAAAAUAUAUUUCUUCUAUCAAGCUCCUCCUUUUUAGAUCCAUUUUGCUAAUUUAUAUAAACCUUUCACUUAUUUUUCUGUAGGCCCUCUGUUGCCCGAGUGCCUUGAUGUUCGGAAUAUACCUACUUCUCAAAUACGCGAUCUUACUAUCGAAUUAAGCGGUGAGUGUCACUAGUGACAAUUAUAUUGUGACAUGUUCUUUAGUGAUUCACAUUUUUAGAAUUAUGUAAGCUCAACCCUGUCGCAAAGAAAUCACUUUCGUUAUAACUUAACUGACCCCUGUGAAUGAAUGCAUUAUUGUACGCGAUCUUUCAUCGCAUAUCUUGGACGCUUCUGGGGUCAUUACCAGUGUAUGCUAGUGGUCUAACUAGCAUCAUUUAGAAUCGAGGGUAAAUGAAGCUUAUUUUUCUUUCAUCUAACGACAGUACACCUAUCAACCGACAUUUUUUCACGUUAGUCCGAUAUAAACGUGAUUGCCUAAUAUAAGUGAGCCGUGCGCAGCCUAAAUAGCUUCGGCAGGAAAUUAAAACGGGGAAUCAUAAAUGCACGCAUGCACGCAUGACUGAAACUGAAACCUUAAAUGUGACAAAUUUCGUUUCCUUAAACAAAUAUAUAUUAUUCCCUUUUGUAGGAGGACAGGAGUGGAAGAAGCUUGCUGAGAUAUUGGGCUUGGCCCCACGAGAGAUUCGCUUCCUUGAUAACCGGGUACUGAAUCCAUGUGAGGCCGCUAUUGCGUUCAUUGCUAGCCAGCGUAACAUCACUGUGAGAGAGCUGUAUGACACGAUAAGCGAGUGUGAGCUGCCUCUUGUAGCUGACAUUCUGUGAGGUGGACAUGACACAGUUAAAGUACAACUUACAAAUACAAUCAAAUCCCGCUUUACGGAUACCCACUUAAUACGGACAGUUUACUUUGUCCCUG